AUGGACCUUGAUGCUUCCCUUCCCGACGACCCUGGCAUACUCUCGGACCCCGAAUCUCGCUCAACCGAUGACCAUGGCUCACUUUCGGAUAACGAACCUUGCCCAAACGCUGACCACGGCUUACGUAUGGACUCCGACCCAAGCCCCAGUGUUGACCCCAGCCCGAUUUUGGAUAAUGAACCAGCAAUUCCUCAAUCUCAUGAGGAGCCUAUGAGAUGUAUUAAUUGUGGAGCUGACGUGACGCAGAGGAGGCGACAUAACAUAGAGCUUAUUCAAGUUCAGACGGUUAUACGUCAGUGGAUAGCUCCUCAACUGAUUGAUGACAGCAGUGUAUGUUGUCACUCAUGUUGGACCGUGGCUCUGCACCAAUCAAGGACAAAUAUGUCAAAUGAAGAACCAACAACUAGCACCGGUCACAGUCGUAAUGUCUGUGUUAACUGUGGAUGCUCGUUGUUACGAAUACGGUCUCAUAGGCUGCAUACUGACACAGAAAGAGAAUCACGUAUUCGAAAUGUGAUAAUGGAACAGAUUUCACCUCGUCAACUGCGGGGAUCUGACCAGAUAUGUCAUCCCUGCUGGCAGAGAGCUGAUCGAGCUGCUACACAUGCUGCGGAGCCCCAACAAGCACAUGAUGGGACGAGAAUUCAUUUGCCCUUAUAUUCAAGAGCAUCGGACACUCAAAGUCAUUGUUUUUUCCCCGAGUGUAAUUCAACACAAAGAUUGGCUGUUCCCAUUUGGCUGAGGGUAAAGUUGUUUAGUGAGUAUAAGUUUUAUGUACCUCAAAACUGCAGGAUUUGUGUUUUCCAUUUACACAACGAUAAUUGGGAAGUAUUAUCUGACAUUCCUCAACCGAUACAUAGUUUUAAUGCUGACCAUAUACAAGAUUUUGCAUCUUUUGUUAAUGAGAGGCCGCUGAUGUUGGAUUUUUCAGAGGUAGAGAGAAUGUCAGAUGAGCUUUUACAUUAUUGGGUUGGACUAACAAAAGCCAAAUUCGAACAGCUCUAUUCGGAACUACCAAGACUUGGAGCUAUGCGUAAUGGUAAAUUGGCACUUGGUGCAUAUUUACUCAAGUUGAGGACAGGAGAUAGUGAUAAAAGAAUUUCGACACUUUUGAACAUAUCCAGAUCUAAGCUUAUGAGAUUGAUGGGAAAAGCUAGGAAUAUUUUAAAUGAGGAUUUUGUGUCCAGAUACUUAGGGACAGAUAAUAUUACGCGAGCUGAAAUCUCUCAAAGGAAUUUACUAAUACCUAAUGGAUUGUUCGGUGGUGUCGAUCGUAAACCAAUUGUUAUAAUUGAUGGAACAUACUUAUUUGUUCAAAAAAGUUCUAAUUAUAUGUAUCAAAAAGAUACUUAUUCUUUACACAAGUAUAGGAACCUUAUGAAGCCUUUUCUAAUCGUAUGUACCGAUGGAUACAUUGUCGAUGUGUUGGGCCCCUAUCCAGCUACAACAUCUGAUGCGACUAUUAUGUCUAAUGAAUUUAACGAUGAGACAAAGCCAUUGAGGCAGUAUUUUCAACAAGGAGAUGUUUUUAUACUGGAUAGGGGCUUCAGAGAUUCUGUGCCGCUGUUAAGGAAUUGUAAUUAUUCUGUCCACAUGCCUGAAUCCUUACAACAAGGUGAAACACAGUUGUCAACAAUGGCAGCCAAUAGAUCGAGAUCUGUCACAGUAUGUAGAUGGGUGGUUGAAGCCGUGAAUGGAGAAACAAAAAAGAUCUCUGAUCUCAUCGACAACCUUAUAGAAGAGAGACGAAACAUGAAUCUGCAGUCAUCUGAAGAUGCUACUCAGUAUCGGCGUCUUAACAGAUAG